AUGAGCAAGCCAAAGACAGCAGUUCCAAGUCUCUCUCCAAGUAAGGAGAUUAUGGAAUUGAAAUCACUAAAGCGCCAGCGAACUGUUGCGAAAAAUAGUAUAGUGCGCAUAAAAACGGGUCUCCUCGAUAAAACAAUGUCGUUAGAUCCAAUUGAAUUGGAGUGUCGACUGGACAUUUUGAACUCUCAUAGCUAUAAGCUUAUGAAGUGCCAGUCGAAAAUUGAAGAAAUCGACGAGGAAGACAUAGCCCGUGGGGAGUUAGAGGACCUAAUAGUGGAAACUAAGUCCGUUAUAAAAUCUAUUCUGGCGAGAAAUAAAUCGUCAAUAGCCGAAACAUCCUUUGUUGCACCUCACAGCUCGCGACUACCGAAAAUGUCGCUACCGAAAUUUAAAGGGGAAUAUUCAGAAUUUAAAAAUUUUAUGAGUCUGUUCGAGAGUUUGGUGCACAACGAUCCUACAAUCACAGACAUUGAGAAAUUUAAUCACUUGGUUAACUGUCUGUCUGGUGAAGCUUUGGGAACGGUAAAGGCCUUCCAAAUGUCGGACGAAAAUUAUUCGAAGGCGUUGGCUAGUCUCAAAAAGCCAUCUGCGCUUUCAUUGCGCACAAUGAUUGAUACAGUGUCGGCUGUUUACGACUCGUUGCUGUCGUUAGGUGAUGAGAAAAACAUCACAAACGCUAUCAUAAUUCAUCUGGUAAUGUCAAAAGUCGACACCGUUACUCGGUCAAAGUGGGAGGAACAGUUGGAUUAUGAUAAGCUGCCAUUAUGGCGUGAGUGUGAGGCAGCAUUAAAUAAACGCUACCAACAUUUAUCUGCCGAUGAAGCCUCAACGUCGAGGCUCAAGCCGUCAAGCAGUCACAGCAUUCAGAAACCCCACCUUCAUGCGGGAAGGACGAAAGCUGCCUUAGUGACUUCAAAUAUAAAACAGCCGGUGUGUCCGCACUGUAAAUCAAAUGAUCAUAAUAUACCCGCGUGUCCUACUUUUAAAACUCUCUCUGCUCAACAGCGAUUUGAGUUUGCUAAAUCAGUCCCCUUAUGCAUAAAUUGUUUGCGAAAGGGGCACUCAGUUUCAAAGUGCAAAGCGGAUCGGUGUCGUGUUUGCAACCGUUCGCAUCACACGUUGCUGCACCAGUACCCUGUAUCCUUUGCAACUGCACCACAACUUUCGACCUCGCAUGCCAUGCACACGACGAGUACACCAGAUCGGGUUAUGUUGGCUACAGCCGUAGUCAACGUAAAAGGUAGCUCCGGAGAGUACCUUCCUGCACGAGCCUUGCUGAAUUCUGGAUCUCAGGUGAAUUUCAUGACAGAGGAUUUGGCGCAGAAAUUACGAAUUCGUCGCGAAAGUACGACCUUAAAUAUUAUCGGCAUCGGAAAUACAACCAAAAAAGUAAGGACGAAAUUAAAUACGUUUGUAAAAUCGCGGGUCAAUAAUUAUGAGUUUUCGGCACAGUUUUGGAUAAUGCGAUCCAUUUCAGCCAGCCAUCCAGAUCGUAACGUAAAUAUUAAUGGCUGGAAAAUUCCUAAAAACAUUAGCUUAGCGGACCCAGAAUUUUAUAAGGCUCAAAAGGUAGAUCUUUUGUUAGGUGCUGAAACAUUUUUCGAGCUUUUAGCUGUAGGCCAGAUCAAGGCCAGCCCCAAUCACCCAACAUUGCAAAAGACACUUUUAGGCUGGGUUGUGUCUGGCAAAUACGCCUCCAACCAACGUCCUCCUCCCACAGUCAGUAGCACAUUAUGCCAUACUGAACAAGAUCUAGCAAAUAUAGAUUCCAUUGUCCAAAGGUUCAUUGGACGCCGAGGAAUGCCGCGGAAAAUAUACAGCGACAACGCCACCAACUUCGUCGGCGCCGAUCGCAAGCUUCGGGAGCUGAGGGAUGCUUUCGAGGCCCAACAACCGGAAGUACAGAAAUACGCAACGGACGAAGGAUUCACCUUCGCCUUUAUACCACCCAGGGCACCGCACUUCGGCGGGUUAUGGGAGGCGGCAGUGAAGUCCGCCAAACACCUUCUCGUGCGCGCAAUCGGCAACGCGCUGCUCACCGCCGAAGAACUACAGACGCUGCUCGUCGAGGUCGAGGCCGUACUCAACUCGCGACCCCUGGUACCACUGAGUCAGGACCCGAACGAUGGAGAGGCCCUAACACCAGCGCACCUAUUAGUUGGGUGCCCCCUUCGAGCGCUGCCACCAGCCCAAGUAUCGAUGGACCCAAUGCGUUGCUGCGACAGAUGGCAACUUGUCUGUUGUCUCAAGCAACAGUUUUGGCGACUGUGGUCCAGGAACUACCUGUUGGGUCUUCAACAGAGGAACAAGUGGUUGCAUCCGAAGCGCAACCUCGAGCUGAACGACCUCGUCCUGGUUCAGGAAGACAACACACCACCGCAGCAAUGGGUGCUCGGCCGCGUCGCCGCAAUCGUAACAGGGCAAGACGGCAAAGUCCGCGUAGCAGACGUGGCAACCAAAACGGGCGUAAUUAAACGCCCCGUUCACAAGCUCGCCGUACUGCCAUCAAACGUUGAAGGACCAUGA